AUGAAACCCACCUGGGACCAGCUGAUGAGUGAAUUCAACACUGGAACCGACGGAGCGAAGACGCCGCUGAUAGCAGAUGUGGACUGCACAGGUGCAGGCAAGGCUCUGUGCGAGAAGUUCAACGUCAGGGGCUAUCCGACGAUCAAGUAUGGCGAUCCCGCCGACCUGCAGGAUUACGAUGGAGGACGCGACUACGAGUCGCUGAAGAAGUUUGCGGAUGAGAAAUUGGGGCCCGCCUGCGGCCCUGACAAUCUCGACCUUUGCGACGCUGACGCCAAGGUCAUGAUAGCGAAAUUCUAG